UACACUACUGGGCUUCUCUCUCUAUUUUUGGCUCUGACUCACAAGUCACACACCGACCUGCACUCACUCAUAAACACACAUACACAAAUAUCCAUCAUGAGCCACCACCUCUGAUGUUCACCAGCGUUGAUUACCAGCCAAUGCUUUGACUAAUGCGUGCUUCAGGCAGAUAUUCCUUAGAGCAUUGAUUAACGCUUAUUAGUGAUGCCAAGCUGCCAACUGGUUUUGGUAUUCCUUAUUUGGCGUUGUAGAGAAAUGACCGUUAGCUUAUAGUUCAGUACAAUGCAGAGUUUGCAGCAGAUAACUACUGUGUUGGACUGUAUCAAUGAGAUAUACCUACCUGGCUGUUUUAUCUUUACCCAUUUUUGUUAUCUUGUCACCUAGAUAUCUUAUCAGGACAAUUCAAGUUCGGACUUUAUGCCUGUUCCUCGGAAUAACACUUUGUGCAUUUGCGACUGUUAGACUUAGCAGUUUGGUUAAUCAGAGAAAACAUGGUUGAUAGUCGUAGAGUUGCUCCUUUUCCUAAAUCCAUUUCACUGUUGUCCCUAAGUAACAGCAGUUUGUAUAACCGGCGGAUGGCAAGUUCUAGAGAUAAUGUGGCUGCUGUUUCGCAACUUCGUCAUGGUUCAAAUUUAUUGCCUGAAAUCUUGGACUAUGAAGAACUAGAAUGGAAAUCUGUAGAGAAACUUCCUAUUCCUAAUAAAAGUUUUCCAAAUUAUUACGGCAGUGACACUAGAACUAGGAAUAUUAAUUCUAACAAGAAGCCUGGGGUAAUCAGAAACAUCAGCUUCAACAUGUCUUUGGACCACAUGUUUUGCUCAAGAUGCCGAGAAGGCUUUGAGUCAAACGAGAAGAUUGUGAACUCCAAUGGAGAACUGUGGCAUCCACAAUGCUUUGUGUGUGCCCAGUGUUUCAGGCCAUUUCCAGAAGGAACUUUUUAUGAAUUUGAGGGCCGUAAAUAUUGUGAACAUGAUUUCCAUGUUCUCUUUGCCCCUUGCUGUGGAAAGUGCGGUGAAUUUGUUAUUGGCCGAGUGAUCAAAGCAAUGAAUGCCAACUGGCAUCCAGGGUGCUUCCGUUGUGAGGAGUGCAAUGGAGAACUAGCAGAUGCAGGAUUUAUCAAAUGUCAGGGUAGAGCACUUUGCCAUGAUUGUAAUGCCAGAGUUAAAGCUGGAGCUCUUGGCAAACACAUCUGCUACCAAUGCCAUGGUGUGAUUGAUGAUAAGCCGCUGAGAUUCCGUGGUGAGGUCUAUCAUCCAUAUCACUUCAACUGCACAGCUUGUGGAGUGGAGCUUAAUUCGGAUGCUAGAGAAGUUCGCGCAAGAGCUGGAUAUGCAGCUAAUGAAAUGAACGAAUUGUAUUGUCUGCGAUGUCACGAUAAAAUGGGCAUCCCGAUUUGCGGCGCCUGCCGUCGUCCAAUCGAGGAAAGAAUCGUUACUGCCCUGGGCAAACACUGGCACGUUGAACAUUUCGUCUGUGCCAAAUGCGAGAAGCCGUUCUUAGGACAUAGGCAUUACGAGAAGAAAGGUCUCGCCUACUGCGAAACUCAUUAUCAUCAGCUGUUUGGCAACCUUUGCUUUGUAUGCAAUCAAGUGAUUGCAGGCGAUGUGUUCACUGCAUUGAAUAAGGCUUGGUGCGUUCACCACUUUGCGUGUGCCUUCUGUGACCAAAAAAUGAACCAAAAGACGAAAUUCUUCGAGGUGGAUCUGCGACCGGCUUGCAAGAAGUGCUACGACAAGUUCCCAGCUGAGCUGAAGAAACGCCUGCGGCGUAUGCACGAUUUGACUCCCAAGAGAAUACCGUCAUAAGAUAAUCAAUUCCAAGGAUUUUUAAGUAACAGUACUUAUUAUAUGACGAAGCAGAUAUGAAUAUCUGUUGAAUUUGAAAACAAGUUUCAUCUAAUUAAAAGUAGUGCAAUACUGUCUUAUACACGCAAAGAUCAGAGUUUUGUUUUCAAAGUCAACAGAUAUAGCCAUCGAUGAAUUCAUAUUCUAGGGUGUUACCGUGUCAGUUGACGACGAGUCGCUAACCAAAGUGUAAUUACAAGAUCGUUUUACAGCAUGAUACUGCCUUAAUAAUUUUAGUAAUCAAAUGGUAGUUUUAUAACAAAAACAAAAAAAUGAAUCAAAAAUAGUUUUUAACGAAUCUCAUGACAGACGGGACGUGAUAAUUAUCUCAGUCCCACAAGAAAGAAUAUUUUAGACUAAAAUUGAAAGUUUUUCAAGAAAAGUAUACAUUUCGCCAUAAGUUAAUAUUUUAAACAUUUUUCGAGCGGUCUUUUGACCGAUAAUCGUUGUAGUAUAUCUAAAAAGUAGGUAUUAUAGGCAAGAGGUAGUGUGUAAUACAAUUAACAUGUAUAAAACACAGAGUAUUUUAUAAUUUACAAAUCUACAUUGUAAGCUUCUAGUGCCUUCAGAGUAAUUUUAAUUCCCGCAGAUAAUAUAUCAAGCAAUCUGAUAAAAGAGCGGCGAGGCUUUCAGAGAAUCCAAAAGCGCCUUUAUCAGAUUACGGCAAUAGAUAGAUGUGCGCGUACAUUUUACACACUGACGAAAUCGUAAAAACAACAAAACCCGAUUACACCGGGUCAUAAAGUACAAUACUUAGCGCUUCCACAAACUUCCGUCUCCCGAUUUUUAUAGGCCACUCGUGCGCAUGAAUGUCUAACAAAAGCCAAUAUAUAUAUAUAGGUGUUAGUUCGUCUUUUUUUUUUUAACACAAUACUGUAUACACCGCGUCGUUUUUGGAAAAUAAAAACUUGUAAAAAAAAA